UACAAGCCAGCCGGCUUCGCGCGCUCCGCUUCCUUCUUUGGAGCUUUCUUUGCAGUGUCAGCGCUGCCUUCCCUCCCCUCCUGCGGGCUACCAGACCGCCCGGACGGGUGGGAGCUCCCUUUCCCAAGCGCAGGGCCCGUCCCGCAGCGGGUCGCCCCGAAUCCCGCUGCCAGUUCUCCGCCCGUGCCGGCGGGAUGCAGCAGGCGUUGGGGCCAGCAGGGCCCGGCGGGGGGGCACCAAGCCGUGUUGCCGGCAGCCCCGCGGGCCCCUCUCCCUGCGGGAGUUACGUGGUGGUCCGUGCUCGCGUCCGCUCCCGCUGUGCCGGUCCUGCUCCCGGGGCUUUGCUCCUCGCGCUGGCAGCCACGCGAUGCAAAGUCCCCAGGGAAGCAGGGACGGUUUGGGGGGAGAUGCGGGGGGGGAUGAGCCGCGGUGGCAGCAAAGGGGCUGCCUCCCCCCUGCAGCCACUGCCUGCGUCUCCCUCCCCUUCCCGCGGCCCUUGCGGCCAGGCAGCCCCGUUCCCGCGGAGGGGAGCGCGGCCCCCGGCACCCCCGGCUCCCGCGCGGGGCUGGCGGAGGCGGCGCUGCCCGUCACCUCUCCUCUGCUCUGCUCUGCUCGGGAAGGGAGCCGGGAGCCGGGCUGUCACCGCUGCGGCGUGCGGCUGCAAGCGCUGCGCCGGGCUGCGCGGGAGCCGGUGCUGCGGGGACAGGGGCAGCGCUCCCGUCUCCCGCCGGCAAGGGCAGGCGAGAGGGGACGCAGCGGGCGAGCCGAUGCCACCGAGCCCGGGGGUCAGGGCCACCGCGGAGAGGACAGCGAGCCCCGCCGCCCGCCCCCGGCAGCCCCCUGCCCGCACGGCCUGCUCCCGGGCGCCGGACCCACCUCGUCCGCAGCGGCGGCCGGCGCUGAGCUCGGGGGGACGCUGGCACCAUGCUGAAGUUUCGGGCGGACCGCCGGGCGAGCCACAAUGAGAGGCGGAACACGUUCCUGCACCCAGUGACGGGACAGAUCCCGGAGGAAAACUCAAGAUUCGACUUGCAAAAACCUACCUUGGACAUGUCCAGCAAAGCAGGCGGGAAGCGGCCGGUCACCAUCCCCAGCGAGUCGUCCAACCACGCCAUGGUGUCGGAGGCGCCCCCGGAGCGCCCCGGAGGCCGGGUAGGUGCCGGAGCCGCGCGGCGGGCGGGCAGGGGGGGCGGGUGGCGGGGGACCCCGGGGCCUGAGCAGCUCCUUGCCCCUCCGCAGGCCUCGCGCCCCUCCCGCAAGGGCAUCGCCUUUGGGAAGCGCUCCAACUCGAUGAAGAGGAACCCCAACGCGGCGGUGACCAAAAGCGGCUGGCUCUACAAGCAGGCCAGCUCGGGGGUGAAGCAGUGGAACAAGCGCUGGUUCGUGCUGGUGGAUCGCUGCCUCUUCUACUACAAAGACGAGAAGGAGGAGAGCAUCCUGGGCAGCAUCCCCCUGCUCAGCUUCCGCGUGGCGGCCGUGCAGCCCUCGGACAACAUCAGCAGGAAGCACACGUUCAAGGUGACCGUGUGCUGGGCGGAGGAGGUGCCGGCGCGUAACAAGCAGUCCCUGUCUCCCCAGGCCGAGCACGCCGGCAUCCGGACCUACUUCUUCAGCGCCGAGAACACUGAGGAGCAGGAGUCCUGGAUCCAAGCCAUGGGCGAAGCUGCCCGGGUGCAAAUCCCACCGGCGCAGAGGCACGAGAAGACAGACUCCGAGAACAUCCCCCCCAGCAAGCACCACCACCACCACCGCAACGCCGCGCACCGGGAGCACCCCAAAGCCGACUCCGACACCAAGACCCGGGGGGAAGGCGACGGCCGGGGCUCCGAAAAGAUCGAGAGGAAACAGGAGAGGACGGAGAGCAAGAAGGAGCCCUUGGCCAAAGCCAACGGCAUCGCGGGGCAGGAGAUGCCCUCGGAGCCCGGCAGCCCGUACCCCGAGGCGCCCCGGGUGCCGGGCAGCAUGGAGCGGCCCGCGCAGCCCAACGGCUGGCCCUACGCGUCGCCCAGCCGCCCCGGCAGCACCGCGUUCCCGCAGCCGGACGGGGAGAGCGUGGCGCACCGCCGGGGCUUCGCGCCGCGCACCAACCCCGAGAAGAUCGCCCAGCGGAAGAGCUCCAUGACGCAGCUGCAGCAGUGGGUGAACCUGCGCCGGGGGAACGUGCCGCCCGAGGAGCUGCGGAGCCCCACCAGGUUCUUCCCCGUGUCUCGCCGGGUGCCCGACUACUAUUCGCCCUACUCGCCCCAGUACCCCGAGGACUACCAGUACUACCCGCCCGGCGUGCGCCCCGACAGCAUCUGCUCCAUGCCCGCCUACGAGCGGGUGAGCCCGCCCUGGGCGCUGGACGACAAGCGGCACUCCUUCCGCAACGGGGGCCCCUACCAGCUCCGCGAGUGGAAGGAGCACCCGGGCUACGGCCGGCAGGACGUCCCGGUCUGGCUGCCCGGCCCCGGGCGGCAGCCGGCCUACUACGACGAGGUGGAUGCCGCCUCGGGCUCCCUGCGACGCAUGUCGCUGCAGCCCCGCUCCCGCUCCGUGCCCCGCUCGCCCAGCCAGGGCUCCUACAGCCGCUCCCGCGUGUACUCCCCGGUGCGCUCGCCCAGCGCCCGCUUCGAGAGGAUGCCGCCCCGGGGAGAGGAGAUUUACGCCGACCCGGCUACCUUCGUGAUGAGGCGAUCAGUCAGCUCUCCCAAGUACGACUAUCUUGGUGACAGACGGCCCGUCCCCGCGGGAAUGUACCCGUUCCACUACCCGGCGUCCCCCACGGUGCACGACAAGAUGGAUGAACUUUUAGACCUUCAGUUGCAAAGAAACCUAGAGUAUUUGGACCAGCAGAUGAGCGAGAGCGAGACUCUGAUCAGUAUGGUGAACAGGAUGGUGGAGAACUCUUCCCCUAGGGCUCAGCUCUACAUGCAAGUGACGCCCUUCCCGGAAGGCUACAGGGAGACGCUGCACGCCUACAAGAUAAGCGAGCAAGACACGGAUAAGCUCCUGGGGAAGCUCUGCGAGCAGAACAAAGUGCUGCGGGAGCAGGAGCGGCUGGUGCAGCAGCUCCGAGCGGAGAAGGAGAGCCUGGAGAGUGCGCUCAUGGGGACGCACCAGGAGCUGGAGAUGUUCGGCAGCCAGCCCGCCUACCCGGAGAAGCUGCUGCACAAGAAGGAGUCGCUCCAGAACCAGCUCAUCAACAUCCGCGUGGAGCUGUCCCAGGCCAGCACGGCCUUGGCCAACAGCACUGCCGAGUACGAGAGCCUGGAGAGCGAGGUGUCCGCCCUGCACGACGACCUCUGGGAGCAGCUGAACCUGGACAUCCAGAACGAAAUGCUCAACCGGCAGAUCCAGAAGGAGAUCUGGCGCAUCCAGGACGUGAUGGAGGGGCUGAGGAAGAACAACCCGUCCCGCGGCACGGACACUGCCAAGCACCGAGUGGCCAUGGGCCCCUCGGGAACGUACAGCUCCAACAGCCCCGCCAGCCCCCUGAGCUCGGCCAGCCUCACCAGCCCCCUGAGCCCCUUCUCCCUCGUCUCCGGCUCCCAGGGCUCGCCCACCAAGCAGGGGCCCGGCGAGGAACCAGGCCCACCUCGACCUCCCCUUCCCAAGUCGUAUGUACCCCUGGAGUCUCCUCCGACUGUUCCUCCGCUCCCUAGCGAGGGCCGCCUCCGGCCGUACCCCACCUCCCCUCCUUGGCAGCAGGGCGGCGAGGCGAAGAGGGGACAGCCCAAAGCGAGCUUGGAGCAGAGCAAGAAGGACGGGCCCCGGCCGGCCGCCCCUGGCUCCCCCGCCGAGGGGCCGCUGCUGCAGAGCCGGCAGGAGCAGGAGGCGGAGAAGCAAGCGGCUCUCAACAAGGUGGGCAUCGUCCCCCCCAGGACCAAGUCUCCGGCGGAGGAGGAGGCGGCGCCGGCGGCAGGCGUGGUGCGGAGGAACGCCGGCGGCAUGGCCAACGGGCUCAGCUCCCGGGAGAGGCCAAAGAGCGCCGUGUUCGCCACCGAGACGAAGGCGAAAAUGAGCGUGGAGGAGCAGAUCGACCGCAUGAAACGGCACCAGAGCGGCUCCAUGAAGGAGAAGCGGCGGAGCCUGCAGCUCCCGGGCAGCCAGCAGCCCGAGACCCCCGGCACCAGGACACCGGCCUCCUACAAGGUGGUGCGCCGGCACCGCAGCAUCCACGAGGUGGACAUCUCCGACCUGGAGGCCGCGCUGCGCUCCGAGGACUCGGGCAAGGUCUACGAGACGCCCCGGGAGGAGAUCGCCCGGCUGCGCAAGAUGGAGCUGGAGCCGCAGCAUUACGACGUCGACAUCCAUAAGGAGCUCUCGACGCCGGACAAAGUCCUCAUCCCCGAGCGGUACAUCGAACUGGAGCCCGACACCCCCCUCAGUCCCGAAGAGAUGAAGGAAAAGCAGAAGAAGGUGGAAAGGAUAAAAACCCUCAUUGCCAAAUCCAGCCUGCAGAACGUGAUCCCGCUGAGCGAGGGCGAGGUGGACGCCCCGCAGGACCCGGAGACCCAGCUCCAGGAGCAGGAGAAGAGGAUCGAGAUCUCCUGUGCCUUGGCUGCGGAGGCCUCCCGCCGGGGCCGCAUGCUGUCGGCUCAAUGCGCUACCCCAAGCCCUCCCACCUCCCCAGCUUCCCCGACUCCACCGACCAACCCCCUCUCGUCUGAAACAUCCCGGGUCGCCGACAGCAGCCAUUUUAUGCGUGUCUGAGCCAUGAACGCAAGCCCUGGCUGCUGCCAACGCUGGCAAGUUCCACGGGGCCACGUUUUAGCACCCUGGCACGACACCGAACCUCUCCUCGGCCAUCAUUUUCGGUUCUCCCGGACCCCCUCCCUCUCAUGAACGGCGAGACUGCCCCGCGCGGAGGAGUGGAGAGAUGCACCAUGGACAGCCCGCAGAGGCCUGGUCUUGCACCAGCUCCCUCGCCCUUCCCGGCCCCCGGCUCUGCUCUGGCCCGGGGGAGAUGUGCGGGUGCCAGGAGGAGAGAUGUGGGUGUCAGGAGCUUGUCUGUGGGAACGUGGUACCGAGGGGACCAGGAGACCACCCCUGGCUGCCAGCUGGCACAAGGAUGGGCUGUUGCAUGCAGGAUCUGUUGUGUCCAGGGAAUUGGGUUAAGCGUAGACAUCUGGGCAGGUGAAUUUGCAACAUCGGCAAUGCCCAGCACAGCUAGAAGGCCUCCCUGCCAGGACAGCAUUGCACCGGAGGAGUGUGGGACUCGCUUGGCUCUCUGUGCUGAUGUAUUGGUCUCCCAAGGGUCUGCAAAGGGGCUCUUCUGUGUGGAGACCAGCCAGUCCCCACCAUGGAUGGCACUUUCACCUUCUGCUGGACCUGGAUGCUCCACCUGUGCUCCUCGGGCAACUCUUCCCCUCCCUGUGUCCUUGCCUGAACCUGCUGUUAGCAUCCCGGGAGCUCAUCUCCAGCAGAGCCUGGUCUGCCCGUCUCUCCUCGCGCUCGUGGCCCAGCAGAAGGAAGGACCUGGGGAUGGGGCAGAUGGAAAGAGAACUGAGGGGACCACGGAGGUGCCAGGGAAGUGGGGUGGUCUGCACGGGGGCAGCAGGAGGGUGUCCGGUACGCCGGUGCGCAGCGGGCACGGAGCAGCAGGUCUGUGCAGGGACGUGGGCAUGGUGCAAGAGAGUAGCGGAGCGGUGCAGCGGGCUGGCGCUGGGGCGUGAGGGGGGGUGGCAAAGCCACGAUGCUUUCUGGUGUCAGCAGGGACCCUUGUGCGCGUAGGGACGAUGGAGGGACAGGAACAGGCUGGGGGCGAUGAGCACUUCUAGGUGGUGGCAGCGGGGGCUCCUUGGCGUGCUCCCGAGGGCAAUGCCCCUUUGGUGGGGAUGGGAGAGGGUGAAAGACGAACGCUACUGAAGCACGGAUGCACAUGCCCGCUCACACGCACGGCGUGGGCUGCAGCAGGGGCACCGACCGCUGUGUUGGGCAAAACGCCGGCGAGCUCGCUGCGGGGCUGGCAUUGUCCCGGGGCUUCUCCGCGUGGGUGGCGGCAUGUCUGUCCCUGCCACCUGCACCGCGGCCCCGGGCUCGCCCGGAGCAAGGCGUCCUUGCGAGGCCAAAAGCCCUCUGGCCUCUCGCAGCCUGGAAAUAGCGGCUCGUGGCUGGGUUUAGGAGCACCUUGGAGGUACAGGCCAGGCUGGGUUCCCCCGGGCUGCGGGGUGCCGACAGCAGGACGCGUGGGCUUUCCCGGGAGCUCAUGUGCCGGGAUGGGACCGGGCCCCUUUGGAAGUCUGGUGCCAAGUCUCACCCAGGCCUUGCCGUUUUGCUCCAGACCCUUUUGCUUGGUUCUCCCUGUAGCAAGAACCCUUUUCUUUAGCUCUCUGGAGGGAGAGAAAGGCCGGCUCUGCCUGGGAGUACAAAGUCCUACUUAAGCUUUUAGCCAGGAGAAACUGCAAAGCCCCAAACCGGGCAGCGAAGGGAUGAGCUCAGGAUGGGGCCGCCCUGGGCUGAGCAUCACCUGCACCCGCAGCCCCGUAACGUCGGCGAGAGGCAGCGACGGCCUCAGACACGUCCCCUUCCCGGAGCGCGGGAGCCUCGCGAUCCCCCAACCAGGACCCGCUGUUCCCUCGUGUCCGUGCGCUUCCCGCGACGUCCCCGCUCCGCGUCCCCGUCGCCCGGCCCGCCGGGCUCCUCGAUCUUAGCAAUACACGUAGUGUCCCAGGAACCCUGCAGCCCGCUCCGGGAGCCUCCCGCAGCCCUCUUAGCUCAUAAAGCUGGCCCUUUAUUUUGCUAUUACAUGCCUUAAUAUAUGUUUUAUGGAAAUUAUACAUUUAUAAUAUAUAUAUAUAUAUAUAUUUGUUUUUUCUCUUCUUUUCUGGGAGGUACUGUUUUGUGCUAAUUUUCUCUCGCUCUGCAGGGUUGUUGGCACCAGCCCUGCCAAUGAGUUACAAAAGCAGAUUCUUUGCCAAUUUAUCAGAGGAAAAGAAAAAAAAAAGAAACUAUUUAAAAAAUAUAUAUAUUUUCUGCUUUUAUUAAAAGCAAAUUUAUUUAAAAUAAAAUAUAAAGAGAACUGCAA